AUGGCUAAGACAUCAAAACAAACAAAGAAGUUUCAAAGUAAACACUUGAAGCAUACUAUAGAACACCGUAAGAAGGUACAGGAACACAACAAGAAAAUUGCUUCUAGAAAGAAGAACAAAAGUGGUGAAAGCAACCCUCCAAAGCGUGCUGAUGGUAAAGCUAAGGAAGUUUUCGAAGAUAUGUCAGUAGAUGACUUUUUUGCUGGAGGAUUUGAAGUUCCAAAAGAAAAGAAGAAGAAUAAAAAAGUAGAAGAAAAGAAAGAAGAAGAAGAAGAAGAUGACGACGAAUCAUCAUCUGAAGAAGAAGAUGAAGAAGCCAUGAAGGAAAACUUGAAAAACUUGGAAAAAGAAGAUCCUGAAUUCUACAAAUAUUUGAAAGAAAACGAUAAUGCAUUGUUAGACUUCGAAGGAGUUAACCCAUUAGAUGCUAUGGAAGAUGAUGACGAUGAAGAAGAUGAUAAUGAAGAUGAAGAAAAGGAAGUUCCAUCUGAUGUUGAAUCUGAUAAUGAAGAAGAAUCUAACAGAUCAUCCAAGACAAAGGAAUCCAAAGUUGAAAUUACUUUUCAAUUGGUUAAGAAAUGGAGUGAACAAUUGAAUAAGCCAAGUCCAAAGAUCAUCAGAAAUGUUGUCAUUGCGUUCAAAGCAGCUGUUAAUAUUCAUAAUUCAGAUUCUGAAGAUUAUAAAUUCUCAAUAACUGAUCCAAAGGCAUUUUCCGAUUUGAUGUUGUUGGUUUUGAAAAAAGUUCCAAUUUCUAUUCAAAAACUAGUUAAAUAUAAAACUAACCCUCAAGGAGUUAGAACUGUUCCACAAAAGAAUCAAUAUGCUACUCAAAUAGCUUCAAUUUUGAAAUCUCAUGCUGGUUCAUAUAUCACUUUGUUGAAUGAUAUCACUAAUACUGAAACUGCUGCUUUGGUUUUAGCUUCAAUUUAUGAAGUUUUCCCAUUUUAUUUAUCACACAGAAGAUUAUUGAAACAAAUUUUAUCUGCUAUUGUCAAUGUUUGGGCAAGUACUCCAGAAGUUGAAACUCAAAUUGCAACCUUUGCUUUCUUGAAUAAUGUUGCUAGAGAAUUUCCAAAAUCUGUUUUGGAAACUAUCUUGAAAUUGACUUAUUCCUCCUUUUUACAAAACUGUAGAAAGACAAAUGUUCACAGUAUGUCUCAAAUCAACUUUUGUAAGAAUUCCGCUGCUGAAUUGUUUGGUAUUGAUGAAAAUUUAAGUUAUCAAGUUGGGUUUGAAUAUGUUAGACAAUUGGCUAUUCAUUUAAGAAACAGUAUCAAUGCUACAUCAAAUGCUAAAGAAGGUUACAAGACCAUCUAUAACUGGCAAUAUUGUCAUUCUUUAGAUUUCUGGUCAAGAGUUUUAUCUCAACAUUGUAACCCAGAAAAAGAAUUAAAAAAUCAUAAAUCUAAAGAAUCUCCAUUAAGACAAUUGAUUUAUCCAUUAGUUCAAGUUACUUUAGGUGCUAUUAGAUUAAUUCCUACUGCUCAAUUUUUCCCAUUAAGAUUUUAUUUGAUUAGAUCUUUAAUGAGAUUAUCUCAAUCUACUGGUGUUUUUAUCCCAUUAUUCCCAUUACUUUCUGAAAUUUUAACUUCAACUGCCAUUACUAAAGCUCCAAAAGCUUCUAAUUUACAAGCUGUUGAUUUUGAUCAUAAUAUUAAAGUAAAUCAAGCUUAUUUGGGUACUAGAGUUUUCCAAGAUGGUUUAUGUGAACAAUUUAUAGAAUUAUCUGGUGAAUUCUUUGGUUUAUAUGCUAAAAGUAUUGCUUUUCCUGAAUUAGUUACACCAGCUGUUUUAUCAUUAAGAAGAUUUAUUAAAAAAUCAAAGAAUGUUAAAUUUAACAAACAAUUACAACAAUUGGUUGAAAAAUUAAAUGCUAAUGCUACUUUUAUUUCAGGUAAGAGAUCUAAUGUUGAAUAUGGUCCUUCUAACAAAACUGAAGUUCAACUUUUCUUGAAUGAUUUUGAAUGGGAAAAGACUCCAUUAGGUCAAUACAUUGUUGUUCAAAGAAAAUUGAAGGAAGAAAGAUUAAGAAUCUUGAAAGAAGCUCAAGAAGCUGAAGAAAAAGCUGCUGCUGAACAAAAGAAAAGAGAAGAAGAAGGUGAAGAAGAUGAAAGCGAAGAAGAUGUUGAAAUGAGCGAUGAUGAAUAA